AUGGACCAGAUGGCGAUGCUGCUCUUGCUGCUGAGCUUGUGCGCCUCUCGGCUCGGCGGCGCAGUGGCGCAGCAGUACUGGACGCCGGCCACCGCGACGUUCUACGGCGGGAGCGACGCGUCCGGCACCAUGGGCGGGUCGUGCGGGUACGGCGACCUGUACAGCGCCGGGUACGGUACGCAGACGACGGCGCUGAGCACGGCGCUCUACGGCGACGGCGCCUCCUGCGGCGCGUGCUACCUCAUCACCUGCGACGCGUCGCGGACGCAGUACUGCAAGCCGGGGUUGCCGUCCGUCACCGUCACGGCCACCAACUUCUGCCCGCCCAACUACGGCGACCCCAACGGGUGGUGCAACUCGCCGCGGCAGCACUUCGACAUGUCGCAGCCGGCCUGGGAGACCAUCGGCGUGUACCAGGCCGGCGUCGUCCCCGUCAACUACCGGAGGGUCUCGUGCCAGCGGUCCGGCGGGAUCAGGUUCAGCAUCAGCGGCCACGACUACUUCGAGCUCGUCACCAUCACCAACGUCGGCGGCGCCGGCGCGGUGGCCGCGGCGUGGAUCAUGGGGACCGGCACGGACUGGCUGACCAUGAGCCGCAACUGGGGGGAGAACUGGCAGAGCGGGGCCUAUCUCACCGGAAAGGCCCUGUCGUUUAAGGUGCAGACGAACGAUGGCAAGGUCGUCGUGGCGUAUAACGUGGCGUCGGCGAACUGGCAGUUUGGCAGCACCUACCAGGCCUCGGUCAACUUCUACUAG